CGUGAAGUCACGUGCCCGCCGAUCCGCCGAUCCCCCCCCUUUUCCGAGUUGUUUUCUUCGGACACUCGGGAAUUUACCUCCCUCGCUUGCUCCUGCAUUCCACAACCACUCCAGAUCUGACGUCCACCUCGUCCUUCUCCUCAACGCAACAUAACAAACAUGUUCGCCCGCAGCCUCCUCACCCUCCGUGCCCCGCUCACCCGCACCACCACUCUCGCAUCCCCCACCGCCCUCUUCGUCCGUAACUUCGGCACCAAGCGGAUCUUCGUCGGAAACCUCCCCUGGGCCGCCAACACUGAGGACCUCAGCGUUCUGUUUGGCAGGUAUGGCGAGGUCAAGGACGCUAAGAUCAUGAUCGACCGCAACACCGGACGGUCCCGUGGAUUCGGUUUCAUCGAGAUGGAGGAGAACGGUGCUGAGAAGGCUAUCGAGGCUCUUAACGGACGCGACUACAAGGGACGGGACCUGAGGAUCAACGAGGCUACCCCUAUGGGCCAGGGACGCUCCGACCGUAACUUUGGUGGAAACCGUGGUGGAGACUUUGGCGGAAACCGUGGUGGAGACAGGUGGUGAACACCCAUCAACAAAACUUAGCGAUUAGGGGAAGGGAGGGCCGGCGGGUGGUGGACCCAAGUGUUGGUCUAGGGCGUGGAUGUGAGGGGUCGGGCUUCGACAUCAAGACGAAGCGACUCGAAAGUGAAAUUGCUGUCGCAACGCUAUUUAUUCAAGGAGGGAUUCCGUCGAUAUGCCGCCAGUUUUCCUCGUUAGGUAGCAGGACCCUCGCCUCGUACCCCGGUUCCCUCUCCUGACGCCCGCAUUUUGGCGGCGUAAUCCCCCAAACUUGAUCCCCUAUCCCCCGUCGGAGAAUAUCUUGUACAUAUUACAG